AUGGUAAAGAGCGGCGUCUAUUCAGAUUAUGUCCAGAGUCGCAUCGUACAAGCACAAUAUUAUCGGGAUCCAGCAAACGAGAAGGGUUAUUUGGAGAGAAAUCGAUUUUUACCCGGCCUGAACAACGAGAACGAUGAGAAUGUUAGAUACAAGCAGAACCUCAGUUCAUUGGACAAGUUUGUAAUGAUUCGAUUCAGUGAGGAUGUGAUGAUUAAGCCAGGCUACACAGCAGUAGGUGGUGAAUGGUUGGGAUAUGUUUACUGUGGUAUUAAACGGUCAACUAGUGGUUCUGGUUACAUGAUGAGGAUCGACAGCUUGUUCCGUUACAGAACCAGACGCUUUACACAGAAGACUGGCUUGGGCUCAGGUAUUUGA